CUAAACGGAUGCAUUUUGCAAGUGUUAAGCCGCUUGGAGUGGCGAUACCAACGACGAGAUUUGACACAGAGGCGUUGUUAAAUGAACGCACCCAAGAUGCAACUAAGAGGUCAUCAAACAAAUAAUCCAUGCAUAGCUUCAGCGCCCGGAUAUGUGUGCCGCGUGCGUCCGUUCCAAGCCAGACGAACGAGAGGCUGGCAGCCCUGCCUUGCAUCAAGCGGCGAUGGAGGAAGGACCAAAUCCCCACCUUUUAACAUUAAGGGCAAGGAAGACGCCGUGCAGAUGCGCGCUGAGGCAGAGGCCCCCUUCAGGUCCCUCCGACUGGUGUUCAGCGGGUUCUCGGUGGUAUCCGCCGGCCUGGGCUUCCUUAUCAGUAUCCCCCAGCUGAUUGGGGCCCUGGGCGGGGCGAGGAGCGCACUGCCACUGGAGCAAGUACAGCAGAAUCUGGCUAUCGACGCGGGCGCUGUCGCGGUCUUCGCAUUCUUGUUCAAGCUCGACUGGGAUGCCCGCACCAAGCAGCUGGCCCGUCUUCAGCGCGAGGAGACCCUGGGGGCGUUACCCAUCCGCCUGGCCAGCGGCAAGAGCCUCCGGCUGGGGGACCUGCGGGGCAGCGCCCGAGUGGUGCUGGUGGCGGGCACUCGGCGGCAGGUGGCUGCGGCGCUGCGGGAGGCUGAGUCGCUGCGGGAGGAGCUCGUGAAGCGGGGUGUGCUGGUGGUGCCCGUGGUUCUCUUUGAACUGGCUUCUUCCGGUGCCGGUGGCGGUGCUGCUGGCGGGGGUGCAACGGAGGAGCCGGAGGAGCUGCCCCAGCUAACCCCAGCGGAUCAGAGAUUCCGAGCGGAGCCUCAGCGGCUAGCCGAGUGGCAGGGCUGGUUUAAGGAACAGCUGACGUACAGCGCCAAGGCGAAGCCGGAGAACGGUUUGUUUGUUGGGCUUCGGCUGGAUGGUCGAGUGCGGUCCAGUGGCAGCGGACGACCGCCCUGGCGGCGAUAUGCCCUGGAGCUCGCCCCCCUGGAGGGCGAUGGCAAAUGGACGGGAUUUUUCGAUGGAUUUGAUGGCCGCGUGUGA